AGAAUGCAACAAGCCAUUCUGAGGAUUUUGUCAAAAUGAACUUGAGUCUUCAGGGAUCGGUUGAGGUGGUGUCCUUUUGUUUUGAGGGUCUAAAUGGGUCGUGUCCACGUACCGUCUACUCCUCUGCCAUGCGUGUGCCCCUAUACAUCCUCUUUGCAUUGAUUGUUUUUCUGAUAGUCAGUGGCAACCUCUUGGUCAUCUGCAUCAUACUGUUAUCCCAACACCUGCAAAUGGCCACUAAUUGCCUCAUCCUCUCCCUGUCUGUGGCUGGACUGCUCUUAGGUGGGCUUGUGCUGCCUCCAAGCAUGGUGCGCUCUCUGGAGACUUGCUGGUACUUUGGUGAGCACUUCUGUGAUUUCCAUUCCACUGCGGACAUUAUUUUGUGUAAUACCACAGUGUGGCACCUUACCUUUAUUUCCGUUGACCGUUACCUGGCCGUGUGCCACCCAGUGCACUACCAGAACCGAGUGAUCAAGAGGCUCUAUAUUGUUAUGAUACUGACCAGUUGGGGUCUCUCCUCAGUUUUCGGUUUUGCCAUCACACUUUCAAAUCCAGAAGUUUUAAUCAAAGAUGAUCCCCAAAAGACAUGUAUUGGGGAAUGUCUUGCUCUGCACGCCAAAGAAAUUGGGGUGGAAUAUUCCAUCAUUUUCUUCUUCAUGCCCGUGUCUAUAAUAGUGAGUGUUUAUAGUAAGGUUUAUUGUGUAGCACAAAGACACUCCAGAGCAAUUCACAGUUACGCUCACAACCCUAAAGCCAUGCCAACUUCUAAAGAUCUCAAGGCUACUAAGACACUUGGUAUAGUGAUUGGAAAUUUUCUUUUCUGUUGGACCCCAUUUUUCAUGUGCAAUAUCAUGGACCCUAUAUUGAACCACUCAAUACCAUCAGUUUUGUAUGAAGUACUAAUGUGGUUUUCUUACUUGAACUCCCUGUUUAAUCCUUUAAUAUAUGCAUUUUUUUACCGCUGGUUCAGAGAAACCGCAAAGGGCUUGUUCAACAAACUGUUUAAGCAGAUAUAAUUUGGAUUUUGGAUAAGGGUUAAUUGUCUUGCAUAUGCAUUCAUUUUUGCUUUAAUGACUGUUUGCUUAUUGUCUACCUGACAGAGCUAUGUGCUCUAUGCAUCAAAACAAUAUAUAUAUUCCUCAUAUCACAUACUGUGCGUGACUGUAGACCAGUAGAUGGAGUGGCACUACUUUUUUCUAGGACAAAUAAUACAGCUUGUGUACAAAAGCAUUACUGAUUACUGAUACUGAUUCUAAAGGUAAGUCUAAGUGUAAUAUAUAUUCUACUUAUAGGGUGUAAAUACCUUUCUUUUGGUCAGAGAUUGCAUUCAGAGUUUAGUCAGCUAGUACAUGUCUCCAUACAACAUUAUAUAUAUAUGUAAAUACAUUAUUCGAAAAUAUAAUAUUUAAAAAACUACUAUACCUACUAUAUGCACAAAAAUAUUGAGGAACUUCUUAAUCGUUUAAUUUGUGUUUCAUUCAGAUUUUUCAUUUUAAGUGGAAGUGAUUAAUAAACAAGGAAACCAGUCAGAAACUGUCAGACUACAUUAAGUCAUAUAGUUAUAUAUAUGUAUGAUACAUAGUUUUUAAGGAGCAUAGUACAAAAAGUCAUCAAUGCUCUCAUGACUUUAUAAUGGACAUAGUUCCAAAUAUUGCAAAGAGGUUAUCUUCUCCAUACAAAUAAUUAUUAUUUAUAAUACUAUAUAUAACUCACCUGUUCUUUUUUUUCUUUUAAUAUUUUUUUCCUUGUAAAUGUAAUAUUAAGGUAAUAAAGUUAAACAGGAACAUGCAUGAAAAUAUUUAUUUAAAAAAGUGUUAAAUACACCAAAAUAUGUUUUAUACUUUGGAUACCUCUAAGUACCACAUUUAGCUUUAACGACAGAUUUGCACACACUUUUUCAGUGUCUUCAUGAGGGAGAAUCUCCUGGAAUAGUUUUCUCAGCGUCUUGAAGGAUUUUCUGGAGGUGCUGAACAAUAGUUGCUGCUUUUCCUUUGCGCUGUAAAGCUCCAGCUCCCCAAUCACCCAUAAUUGUUUUUAUGUCAUUAAGAUUUAUCUACAACAUAUAAAAUAAACCAAAUAAAGAAAUAAAGAAAAAGAAUGAAUAAAAAA